UCAUCUCGUCUCUGAACUUCACACUUCACAGCAUGGGGAACUUCGUUGAGUGCUGCCGAGGCUUCUGGUGCCGACCUAAAAACCCUGAUGUGCGGGUCAGUCUGCCCGCCGUCUGCUUCAUCUGGCAGAUCGCCAUGAUCAUCUUAUUCGGACUGUUUGUGCGUUACGAUAUCGAGUCGGAUGCGCACUGGGCUGACCACAAAAAACACGAGAACAUCACCAGCGACAUCGAGAACGACUUCUAUUUUAGAUAUCCCAGUUUUCAGGAUGUCCAUGUGAUGAUCUUCGUGGGUUUCGGUUUUCUCAUGACCUUCCUGAAGCGCUACAGCUUUGGCGCAGUGGGCUUCAACUUUCUAGUGGCUGCGUUUGGUCUGCAGUGGGCUCUCCUCAUGCAGGGCUGGUUUCACUCUCUGGACCCGGUCGACGGCACCAUCAAGAUCGGAGUUGAGAGUUUAAUCAAUGCUGACUUCUGUGUGGCCGGAUGUCUCAUUGCUUAUGGAGCUCUGCUGGGAAAAGUCAGUCCUGUGCAGCUGAUGGUCAUGACGUUGUUUGGCAUCACUCUGUAUGCGGUCGAGGAAUACAUCAUUCUUAAUCUUCUUCAUGUUCGGGAUGCUGGUGGAUCCAUGGUCAUCCAUACUUUCGGGGCCUAUUACGGCCUCACAAUAUCAUGGAUUCUUUAUCGACCCAAACUAGACCAAGCCAAGCGUCUGAACGGCUCUGUCUACCACUCCGAUGUCUUCGCUAUGAUUGGGACCCUCUUCCUCUGGAUGUUCUGGCCCAGUUUUAACUCUGCCAUCGCAAAUCAUGGAGAUGGACAACACAGAGCGGCCAUAAACACAUAUCUCUCUCUGGCCGCUUCUGUCCUGACCACUUUCGCCAUAUCAAGCAUGUCGGCCAGGAAGGGGAAGGUGGACAUGGUGCACAUUCAGAAUGCAACUCUGGCUGGAGGAGUGGCGAUGGGAACUGCAGCCGAAUUUAUGAUCUCCCCAUAUGGCUCUCUGAUCGUGGGCUUCUGCUGUGGGAUAAUCUCUACAUUCGGCUACCUGGUGAUCACUCCCUUUAUGGAGAAGCACCUGAAGAUCCAAGACACGUGUGGCAUCCAUAAUCUGCAUGCCAUGCCUGGUCUUGUCGGAGGAAUCGUGGGUGCAAUAACAGCCGCUGUUGCCAGCCCAACCAUUUAUGGGCAGGAGGGGCUGGUGAACUUAUUUGGUUUUACAGGGGAUUAUGCCCACAGGUCUCCUGCUACACAGGGAGGAUACCAGGCUGCUGGAAUCGCUGUCGCUCUUGCUUUUGGAAUCAUUGGUGGAAUUAUUGUUGGUUGUAUCUUGAGACUUCCGUUAUGGGGAGACCCGUCUGAUGAGAACUGCUUUGAUGACGAGGUUUAUUGGGAGGUGCCUGAAGAUGAAGAGAGUAUUCCUCCCAUUCUAGAGUACAGCAGUCACAUGGUCGGAAAAACCCCAGACAUGAUGUCAGAGUCAAACUUCACUGUGGAACACAGCUAAUGCCAGAAUGAAUCCAAGCACAGUGUCUUAAUGAAGAAAAAUGAGCCUCACAAUAACAUCGGUUUGAGACAAUAGAAGAACUGAAGAGACAGAAUGAAUGUUCAGACCAAGUCUGCGCUCAAUAUAGUCCCUGGAAACCCUCUGUGCGGUAUUGACCUGCCUAACAGAGAAGAGACUCAGUAGAGUCUAUAAGGAUCUGCAGCUCUUACUUCAAUUUCACACAGAGAGUCCUCAAAUUAAUUAAUCAAGACGUUUAUGCAUGUCUGAUUUCUAAAACCUCU